AUGGUGGACGGGCCGACGUGUCCGGUUGAAUGGAGCAUCUAUACGGUUCCAACACCUUUAGUGCUUGGACUUCUAAUGACAUAUCAUGUGUUUUGGCUUUGUAAACCAUCAGAAAACCUCUGUGUAAAAUCUGUGUGUUCAUCAGGUGUGUUUGGUGAUUCAGUGUCAGUGAUGGAGGGAGAUUCUGUUACUCUAAACACUGGUGUUACUGAAAUACAAGAAUAUGAAGAUAUACUGUGGAAAUAUGGAGCUGAAAAGUCUCUCAUAGCUAAAAUUAAUAAAAAGAAGCAAACCGUCUCCACAUAUGAUAAUGUUCCUGAUGGGAGAUUCAGAGACAGGCUGAAGCUGGACGAUCAAACUGGAUCUCUGACCAUCACACACACCACAACUGAACAUACUGGAGUUUAUCAACUAGAGAUAACUGGAGCGACAAUAACAUCAAAAACAUUCAAUGUUUCUGUCUAUGCUCGUCUGCCUGUUCCUGUCAUCAUCAGUAACUCUUCACAAUGUUCUUCAUCAUCAUCAUCAUGUUCAUUGGUGUGUUCAUCAGUGUUGAAUGUGUGUGAUGUGACUCUCUCCUGGUACGCAGGAAUGAGUGUAUUGUCCAGCAUCAGUGUGUGUGAUCUCAGCAUCAGUCUCUCUCUACCUCUGGAGGUGGAAUAUCAGGAUAAAAACACCUACAGCUGUGUGCUGAACAAUCCCAUCAGCAACCAGACCACACAUCUGGACAUCAACACACUCUGCCACACAUGUGCAGGUACAGCAGCACUGAUGAUAUAUGUGUUUCCUCCAGUCUCAGUGUCUCUGAUAGUGUUGAUCUCUGCUGGAUCUCUGAUGAUUGUUGCUGGAUUUUGGAUCUUCUGGAUCUGCUGGAAACACAGAGAAACUGAUCGAGAAGUUCAGAUUCGUGAAGAUGAGAAAACUUCUGUUGUUAUGUCACUUCAUCCAUCGUUCUAUGAAAGAAACACACAAACAUCGAGCGCUGAAGAGGAGAGUCACGUGGAGUAUGUGUCUGUCAGCAGGAGAAGAUGA